AUGCCUUCUUCAUCUACUUCAAAGCUCCCCUCGGGAAUUGCACCGUCUCUCAUCGGGAAAUUCAGCGGAUUCACAAUUUCCCUUUCUGGGAACUUCCCUUCCGGAGUCACGCAUGAUGAAGUGAGGCGCCUGAUCAUUGCCCUUGGAGGUAAAUUCGAGACAACAGAUAUCACCAAAUGCACACAUGUGAUUGCUUCUUCCAAGAAACUGAAAACUGUCAAAGUUCGAUCCGCUCGCGCUAGUGACGACUGCCAGCUUGUCACAUAUGAUUGGCUGUUAGGGAUCAUCUCCGAGGAGUCGUCUGACAUCAAGCAGCUAUUGGGCAAGCUUACCACUCUCAAUAUUUCCGAAAAGCCACCAAACAACAAGCGCAAACUAGAAGCGGACCCUGGGGAUGACAUUAGCAAGAAACUAACAAAGACGGCGGAGGACACAGAAGUCAGUAUUCCGGUAGAAGUACUCGAAGACGGCACAAGAAUCCCCUUGAACUCAACCAAGCUCAACGAAGCAGUCAACAGUCUGCUGAGUCUUAUGUCAAGCAACGAGUUUGAGCAAUACACUCAAAAUUGGAUCAAGGGUCUGCCAACCGGCCCGAAAACACGCCCGCCAUUCAGUCCUAAUCCGGACGCAAGGAAGCAGGAAUACAUACAUGCUUUACAGAAAUUCGAAGCCUCUUUGAAUCAUGACACCACCGAUGUGCUGUAUCGAGGUCUGCUGUCUCUCCAGUUGACGGAGCUCACUGCUUUGAACAAGCAGGGUGAAGAAUUCAAGAUCAUCGCAGAGUACCACAGCAAGUCAGCGCCAACAUAUCCCAAUCAGAUUGUCGACAUUUUCCGCAUCGAGCGCUACGGCGAGAAGGAUAAAUUCGAGGCGUGGCGCAGAAAGCAGGCCGAGACGAUUGGUGAUAGACGACUUGUCUGGCAUGGCUCAGCAAAAUCAAGUUUUGUUGGGAUCCUGAGUCAGGGCCUUCAUGUCAAUAACGGGGGAGUUUGGUUUGCAGAGAUGGCGGAUGUUUCGAUCGCGUACUGUGAUCGCAGAGUUGUGAAUCUUACGCCUGCAUUCAGUCAAGACCGUUUGAUGCUACUAUCUCGAGAUGCUAAUUGGUACUCAAGCGACGACUCCGAACCCCUAUUGGCGUAUCCAAUCAUGCAAAAUGGCGUGAUGCUGGCUGUAUUCACCCUGAUCUCAAGGGAGCCAAAUUACCAGACCUCCGCGGAUCCGAAUAUUCAGCGAUGA